AUGAGGAAAGAAAGCCAUCAAUAUACCUCCAAGAAGAAAUCAAUGGCACAAUACCCAGCUCAAUCUGAGCGACUUUGGCUAGAGCCAUUGUCUGCAGAUAAACAUCUUGAUGAUUAUCACGAAAUGAUGUCUGAUCCGCGAGUUCAAUCAUGGACAAAACCAACCGAGUCUCUCGCCGAGAGCAAAGCAUUCAUGAUCGAAAGAACGCCGAGUCCUGAAAAGCCAUGGAUUGAAAACUAUGCCAUUUUACUGCGUCCGACAUCAUCUGCUUCGGCAGAUGAGAAGCCCAAGUUAAUCGGCGCAAUUGGAAUGAUAAGAUUCGAAGCUGGACAUGGCGCUGAGGUUGGUUACGGUCUACAUGCUGCCUAUCAUGGUAAAGGAUAUGCUACUGAAGCUAUGGAGUUGUUCUUGGGAUUAUAUUGGAGCAAAGAGAGAGAGGGGGACUGGAACACAUUGGUUGCGGCUAUAGACCCUGAGAAUAUUGCCAGUCAGAGAGUAGUAGAGAAGGUAGGUUUCAAAGAAGGGGACUUUCAGGAUGAGGAAUACGAAUUGUGGACGGAAGGGGGAAAGGAGAAGAAACGCGUGAGACAUAGGGAAUGGUUAUUACCUAGACCAGUCUGA